GCGGUAAGAAAGCCCGGCCUAACCGCUCUGGUCUAUUGAAGCUUUCAUCUACUACUAGGUACGCCCUUUUUCUCCCUUCCCAAAUUUCGGCAGAGGUUUUGGUAGGGUUUUGAUAAGCGCCAUUAGCAUUCGCCCCUCUUCGCAUCUUUGCUCGUUCUGUUCAGCUUUCCCCAGCUAAAUCAAUGGCGAAGAAACGGAAGCAUAGUGAAACAGUCGUGGCAGCACCUCAAAAGAAAGAGGAAGUUGCUCCCGAGCGACCCAAAAGAACCCUUCUUGGUUGGAAAGACAAAGAGGCUGCUGCGGUUGCUGCUCCUGCCGAAGACAAAGACGAUGAAGUGCAUCAGCCUACGAAUUUUAGGAAUAAAGAAAAGGUCUUGGUCACUUGCUCCCGUCGAAUCGCUUACAGGUACCGGCACCUGAUGUUGAACGUGGUUUCCCUGCUUCCCCAUUGUAAGAAAGAUAAUAAGGUUGAAUCCCAAAGCAGCAAAGGAGUUGCACUCAGUGAGAUGGUUGAGCUGAAGAGCUGCUCUUCCUGUUUGUUCUUUGAGUGCAGGAAGCACAAAGACUUGUAUCUAUGGAUGGCAAAGUGCCCUAGUGGACCAUCUGUGAAAUUCCUAGUUAAUGCAGUGCACACUAUGGAAGAGCUGAAGCUUACUGGGAAUCAUCUAAAAGGAUCGCGCCCACUUUUAACUUUCUCAGCCAAUUUUGACAAAGAUGCCCACUGGAAGCUUUUGAAGGAAAUGAUAACUCAGAUAUUUGGAGUCCCAAAAGAGCACAGGAAAUCUAAGCCUUAUCAUGAUCAUGUCUUUGUCUUCUCCAUUGUGGAUGACCAUAUAUGGUUCCGUAAUUACCAGAUAUCAGUUCCUCACAAUGAAUCCGAUAAAAUGGCUCGUGGAGGCCUGGACAAGAUGACCCUUGUUGAGGUUGGUCCGAGAUUCUGUUUGAACCCUAUCAAGAUCUUUGGUGGCAGUUUCGGGGGCCCAACCCUUUACGAGAAUCCAUUCUACAUAUCGCCCAACCAGAUACGGGCACUAGAGAAGCGAAAGACUGCUGGGAAAUAUGCCAAGAAGGUGAAAGCCAAGACCAGAAGGAAGGUGCAUGAGCUGUCAAAUCAGCUGGAGGCAGGCGAGUUUUCUGAGAUGUGGAAGGACCAGUAAGUACUUGGUCUUUGAUGAGAGCUUUUUUGACGGCACCUGUAUUUAUAUCAGCACAACUUGUGUAUUCAGCUUGACAUGGCAUAUGAGUGAGUUAUCAGCUCAACUAUCUUCAGCUAUAUCUAUCUCUUAAGCAACUUGGAGUCCACUUGCUAUUCCUGCACCACUCAUUAUUCCCUUCCACUGAAACUUAGGAAGAUUCAGGUGCUCGGUGAGUGAUGGCUUGAUGUUAGAACUUAGAAGUCUUGUUAGGGCAACCAGAUUAGUCUCAAUCAAACAUUACAUCCUAGCAUUGUACAAGUAAAUCUAUGUAACAUGAUUCGCUUGCCAUCUGUCUCGAUCAACUGAGCUGUCAUGGUUGAAGGUCCAGAGUUUGGAGUGGAAUAAUCUCCAUCAACUUGCUUUGAUUGGUUAAGAUCAGAUUAGCAACGUAUGCACCAUAUUGGAGGGCAAGAAGUGCUCCGGCUAAAAUGGAGGUUCUUAGGAGUCGCGCUUUGUGUCGACAACAUGCUAGCGCAAUCAUACUAAAGUGUAUAUGAAUCUCAUUUGUGUAUCUGAUCUCUCAUGUUCACGAUGACCCCCAAGAUGGC